AUAAAUUUAUGCAUACAAAUAUUUGGACCUGAUUAGUUUAUUUCAUAAAAACAAGCGACCAAAGUAUGGAAACGUUAGAAAAUGGAUUUGAAGUAAAGAAACAUACAUUUGAUACAAUUGAUUAUUGCGUUUUUGCAUUAAUGUUAAUUGGAUCAGCUGUAGUUGGUAUCUAUUAUGGAUUUGGUUUUGGACGAAGAAAACCAUUACGACAAAGUGAAGAUGAACAUUUACAUAUACAAACUGAUGACUAUUUAUUAGGAAAUAAAACUUUGUCACCAUUACCAGUUGCAUUGUCACUGAUAUCAAGUUAUAUAUCGGCUGUGACAAUAUUGGGAACACCGGCAGAAAUAUACAAUUAUGGUACACAAUAUUGGUUAUUAUUUAUAUCAAUAUGGGUGAUGGGUGUUGUUGUUGCUGAAGUUUACCUGCCAGUAUUUAGAAAACUUGAUGUGAAAUCAUCCUAUGAGUAUUUGGAAUUCCGAUUUCAUCGUUACAUUCGGACAUUUGUAUCGAUAUUAUUCGUAUUGGAUGAGAUAAUGUUUUUACCCAUGCUUGUUUAUGUUCCAUCAUUAGCUUUUGAGCAAGUAACUGGAGUGAAUUUACAUAUUGUAUCAUGGGUUGUAACCGCUAUUUGUGUCUUCUAUACUUUUGUGGGCGGUAUAAAGGCAGUUGUCUGGACGGACACAUGGCAAAUAUUUAUAAUGAUCAUAUCUGCUAUAGCUAUUGCAUUAUUUGGAACAAUCGCCAUUGGUGGAUUUGAAGAGAUGUGGCAUCGAGCAUCGGAAGGUGGACGGCUAAUAUUUUUCAACACGGAUCCCAGUUUAACAGAACGCCAAACUAUAUGGAGUGUAUUAAUUGGAGGUUUUACAUUUUGGACGUCGUACAAUGCAGUCAAUCAAACAAUGGUUCAACGUUAUAUGUCGUUACCCACUUUGAGACAAUCCAAAAAGGCAGUAAUUAUGUUUGCAAUUGGAGUCAGUUUCUUCGUAACAACUUGUUCCUAUACGGGGCUAGUGAUUUAUGCAGCUUAUUGGAAAUGUGAUCCCAUUAUUUCUGGAUUAUGCAAAACUGACGAUCAAAUGUUACCAGCGUUUGUUAUGCAUUUUCUUGGACACAUACCUGGUAUAUCUGGUUUAUUUAUUGCUGCUAUUUUUGGUGCUGGUUUAAGUUCCUUGUCUGUGAUUUUAAAUUCAACUGCAAUUGUUUUAUUGGAAGAUAUUCUAAAAAGUUUAUGCAAAUAUCAAUUAUCCGAUCGUACAGCAAAAAUAUUUGCAAAAUCUGUUAUUCUUGUCCUGGGUAUUCAUACGGUCUUAGGAGUUUAUAUUGUGCGAAAUUUAGGAGGAGUUUUAUCGGUGGCGACAAGUUUAAAUGCAAUUGCUGCUGGAACAACAUUUGGUCUAUUCUCGCUUGGAAUGUUAAUACCAUUUGCUAAUACAAAAGGUGCUGUCGCUGGUGGUAUAACAUCUGCAUUAUUUUCAGGGAUAAUUUCAAUUGGCACGCAGUAUUUUCAAUCACAAGGGCUUGUUGUGCCACAUACAAAAUUACCAGUCAGUAUUGAAGGAUGUUCUAACUCUACAUUUCCAAUUUAUCCAAUGUACAGUGAAGAUGAAAUAUCCGUGCCAAUAAUAUUCCGUUUAUCAUAUUUAUGGGUAUCACCAAUAGGUUUUUUAACUGUUAUGAUUGUAGGUUCAGUUGUAAGUCUUAUCACACGAUCUAAAUCUGAUGAAUAUGUGAAUCCGGAUUAUUUAUCACCAGUUAUACAUCGAUUUAUACCAAAACGUAUGCGAGAUUUAGGUUGUGAAGAAGACAUAUCGUCAUAAUUCUAGAAUUUUAAAUGAAAACAACUACUUUAUUAUGUUGAUGCAA